UUUUUUCUUUUUCUCAAUAAUCUCGCGAAUGUCGACCCGUUUCAUGCGAAUAAUCAAAUCGAUAUACAAGUCAUGGCACUGGGAAAUAUUGAUCAAAGCGGCCGCUUAACUGCUGACAGUAUGCAACUGUAGCGAUCGCAGUAUAGUAAUGUGCGGGGGAACGCUCGUUGCACGAGCGUCGCGGAACUCGGUGAAGCUGGGCUUUCUGUUGCUGCUCUUCUCGAUCGCGCACCUGCCGUUGCUGCGACACGCCGAUGCUAAGAUAGUCCAGGGCAACUUGAUUACAUCCAACAACUGGGCAUUCCUCGCGAGAUUUUGUUUUUUAACGAAGGAUGGUAUUUUCCGAUACUCCUUUCAAUUAGGAGGUGAAGAACGCAAUUUGAAGCUCCUUCUGUACUACGAUGGAGCAUAUCAAUGGCCCGCUGUCUAUCCUUCCAAUAAGACGUGUCAGGAAAAAGAGAGUGUUCUUAGCAUUGACGAUGGUCAAAUAAUACCAUUGAACACGUUGACGAGAAUAACCUACGCUUCGGGAUGCGUCGAGGAUGACAAUGGUAUAGUUCGAUGCGAAAACAGGAGGAGAUUCAUUUCGUCUCGGCCGAGAUGGUGGUAUAUAGUUUUAGCCGACUGCUCUUCCACGAAAGGCUUGAACGUCACGUAUAAUAUAUCGCUGACCAACGCGCUGCCCGGUACAUUCUGGAAGGAGCACUUUUCCGCGGACGAAUUCUACAUACUGCCAUUGCUGAUACCGACCGCCUGCUUGUAUACGAUAUUCAUCGUUCUCAGUCUCUACAUAGCGUUGCAAUUGCGCUCCAGAAGGCUGCUGCACAUAUCCUACAAACUGUUCAUAGCCUCCCUGAUGUGUCAAUUACUGGGAGUGUCAUGCGAGCUUUAUAGUUACAUUAAUCUUGGUCUGACAGGAGCGUCAGCAUUGAAUGCUUAUUUACUAGGCCAGCUCUCAGAAGCGUGUUCUGAGACUCUGUAUACAGUUCUUAUGCUGUUACUCGCUCUCGGUUACACGAUUACCAAAAGUGUCCUUACGGCGUCGCAAAUCCGAUGGCUUAUACUAUUUGUCAGUAGUACUGCCCUUUGUCAAAUGUCGCUGUGUAUAUAUCAAUCUCAGGCAUUCGAUCCAGGAUUAGUGUUGUACAUUUACGAGUCACUACCGGGCUAUAUUUUAAUAGCAUUGAAAUUAAUUGCCUGGUUCGUGUUUGUCACUCGUUGUUUCAAGACCAUCAGAAAGUUGCAUGCGAAGCUCCACUUCUACGGUUCGCUACUUUUCUUGGGAUCAGUGUGGUUCCUCUUUCACCCUUUAACAAUAUUGAUCAACACCAUAUUCGUAGACGAUUGGGUGAGAGAGAGCGUGGCCAAAGGAAGUUCCCUCUUCAUUGUCUUCUUGGGUCACAUAAUGUUUUUAUAUGUAACUCGACCGUCUGUGAAUAAUAAACGUUUUCCAUUCCACAUUAGAACAUUCCAAGUUGUGCCCAUUGGCGGUUAUGGCCAGGAUCACAGCUACGAGCCUACGCUUCGAGCAGCUACUGCAUUUACUAUCACACGAUCACCAGCUUAUGUUAAUCGACCACGGAGUGUAGAAUAAAAAACAAAUAUAGCAAAUAGAUAUGCAACCACUGGUGAAAUGCACUGUUAAA